CCCUUUUAUCUACGGUGAUUCUCAUAGAUGCUUUUCUCUCUCAUCUCUCUUUAACCCGACAAAACAGAGAAUGCUUUCUUCUCUCUCUCUAUCUUAAAACAGAGAGAUCAUAGAAGAAGACAAAAUCUUUACCACCAGAUCUUCCUCUUCUUCCUUGUUCUUCUUACAUGUUAUCGCAUCACCACGACUUUCUAGGAACAAAGACUUGGUUUUUUCUUCUUUUUCUCCGAUGAGGUGUAAAAGACACACCGUCGAUCUCACCAGCACCGGCGGCGUAUGCGCUUCUUGUCUCCACGAGCGCCUCCUCUCCCUCGCCGCCUCAAUCGCCGUGGAAGAAAACAACAACCAUCGUCUAUCGCGCAAAUCUAGUAAUCCCCCUCCUCCUCUCCCUCGCUCUGACGCCGGAGGAGGAGGAGGAGAUCUCGGAGUUUCCGGCAAGGAUUUCGAAUCGAAAGGAGGUAGCGUUUCGAGAAUCUCGAAUCCGUUCAGAGCCAGAUCUGAUUCCAAUCCCAAAUCCGAGUCUUCCUCCUCGUCGUCGCGGUCGUGGAUCUCUUCGUUUCUCUCCACCGGUCGCUCCAAGAAGCAACCCGCCAUAGAUGACGUGAUCUCCGGCUGUCGAGGAAUGUCGCCUGCUAGAGAUACGGGAGCAGAGGAUGGCAAUGAGGUACCGUCUGGAUCAAUCGAGGAGACGCCGGGGAGAACGAGGAGAACUCCGGCGGUGAAAACUCCGGGGAGGAGGAAGAUUAUGACGGGGAUGGGUUUCUGUUUGAGCCCGUUGGUGAGGGCGAGACCUAACUGUCCUUUUAAACGGAAAAGUAGAUUUCCGUCGGAGUUUGUCGGAAAUGCCGGAGAAGUGACGGCGGCGGAGAAACCACAUAUAUCUGAAGCGGCGUCGUUUUGCGCGAAUAGAUCGAAGAAGCUAGCGGAUUUAGGUAAAGGCAAUCACCGCCGUUGAAUUUUUGUUGGAGUUUGGUCUGUUUUGAUCACCUGCGACAAGGUUCGUGUGUUUCUCGGCGAUGAAUGGUUUCAUGGUGACUAAGGAGAGAAGACGCUCUAUUGGGUGGCAAGGUGGUUUAAAGGUUGAAGGAUCUCGAAUGUAUGCUGAGCUCGCUACCAAGACACUCAAAGUCCAAGGCCAAGUCAUCAAACCUCAGAUUUGGGACACUGGUGGUCAAGGGAGGAACUUAAAGGAAGAGAUAAGUUCUUUCUAUGGACGCGAACAAGCUGGACAUUUGCUUGAGAGACGCACAUAAGCUUGCUUCCUGAAGAAUGUUCUAGCCCUUAGGCAACAUCUUGGCCUAAGUUCCGACAAAGCUGGCUGUUUCAACAUCUCCUCUCCAAAAUGUUGAUGUAUAUGUUGCAUUGGUGCAGUGUGCACAAUGUCUGUUUCGAUGUUGUCUGUCUUGCUGCAACCGGAAGAGGGCAAAGAAGAGAGUAAUAUGAUCCGGGAGAGCUUCAGGAAUUUUGUUUGGAUUCUUCUAUACAUUCUACACUCAUAUUCAAAUUUAUUUGGGCCUAGUAAUGGGCCUUACAAUAGACCAUUAAUAUAUCAUUUAUGAUUAGAAAA